GAGCCGCGCGGGGAGGAGGGUCGGGCGGGUCUCAGCCCCUCCUCGCCCCCAGGCUCCCACUCCAUGAGGUAUUUCCACACCGCCGUGUCCCGGCCCGGCCGCGGGGAGCCCCGCUUCAUCGCCGUGGGUUAUGUGGAUGACACGCAGUUCGUGCGGUUCGACAGCGACGCCGCGAGUCCGAGGAUGGAGCCGCGGGCGCCGUGGAUGGAGCAGGAGGGGCCGGAGUAUUGGGACCGGGAGACACAGAAAGCCAAGGCCCACGCACAGGUUUUCCGAGUGAACCUGCGCACCGCGCUUCGCUACUACAACCAGAGCGAGGCCGGGUCUCACACCUUCCAGAGGAUGCAUGGCUGCGACCUGGGGCCUGACGGGCGCCUCCUCCGCGGGUAUCACCAGUUAGCCUACGAUGGCAAGGAUUACAUCUCCCUGAACGGGGACCUGAGCUCCUGGACCGCCGCGGAUAUGGCGGCUCAGGUCACACAGCGCAAGUGGGAGGCGGCCCGUGAAGCUGAGCAGCGGAGAGCCUACCUGGAGGGCGAGUGCCUGGAGUCGCUCCGCAGAUACCUGGAGAACGGGAAGGAGACGCUGCAGCGCGUGGAUCCUCCAAAGACACACGUGACCCACCACCCCGUCUCUGACCAUGAGGCCACCCUGAGGUGCUGGGCCCUGGGCUUCUACCCUGCGGAGAUCACACUGACCUGGCAGCGGGAUGGGGAGGAGCAAACUCAGGACACUGAGCUUGUGGAGACCAGGCCCGCAGGGAACGGAACCUUCCAGAAAUGGGCAGCUGUGGUGGUGCCUUCUGGAGAAGAGCAGAGAUACACGUGCCAUGUGCAGCACCAGGGGCUGCUGGAGCCCCUCACCCUGAGAUGGGAGCGGGCUUCCCAGCCCUCCAUCCCCAUCGUGGGCAUCGUUGCUGGCCUGGCUGUCUUAGGAACUGUGGUCACCGGAGCUGUGGUUGCUGCUGUGAUGUGGUGGACAGAGAGCUCAGGUAGUGAAGGGGUGAGGGGUGGGGUCUGGAUUUUCUUGUCCCGCUGGGGGUUUCAAGCCCCAGGUAGAAGUGUUCCCUGCCUCAUUACUGGAAAGCACCAUCCACUCAUGGUAAGAAGCUCCCAAGUGAGCGGCUCCGGUGCCGGGCGGGGAAGUGGGAGGGAGCUCGGGAGGCUGGGUCCCCGCGGGGAGGCGGAGCGAGGGCGUCCCAGAGACAGGGGGCGGGUGGGGACGCGAUGGGAGCGGGGCGGCGUCCCAGGCUCCCUGCGCCUCUCCCGCCCGCAACGUGUCGGUUCCCGGAGCCCAGGCCCGCACCCCGGGUACCUGAAGGCUGUCGGGCUGCGCCUUCACCAUGUGGGCCCUGAGCUCCCAAGCGGUGCCUUCGUGGGCAACACGCAGUUCCUGAGCUUCUAUAGCCGCGACGAGAAUCAGAGCGUGAAACCGCGGGCGCCGCGGGUGGAGAAGAUGGGACAGGACUGGAGAUUUCAUGUCCCUGAACGAGGACCUGCAGACCUGGACAGCGGCUCAAAGAGCGGCUUGUUCUGGACCGCGGAGGCCACAAGGGAAGCCCUGAUAGGUCACUGCAUUAGGUGGUUGUUCAGACACCUGGAGCACGGCAAGGAGACGCUACUACCGGCAGGUACUGGGGUCCUCCGGGCCGCACGUCAGGACCUCUCGGAGCUGAAAUUAUGUUCCUUGGAGGCAUCCAUAUUUGAGGAACGAGGGGACCGAACACAGUCUCCUCCUCCUCCUCCUCCUCCUCAGCAUUUCUACUGCGGGGUUGGAGAUUCUGGCCCAGGCUCCUGA